GUUCAAUCACGCUCAUUCUUCUGUCGAUUCCGUAGCAGGUUGCGGCCAACAGUUGAUUGAAGGAAUCAACGUCAUCGAUCUACACUUUUGUAAUUUUGGAGUGCAAAAAGUUAUGUUGACGGGAGUAUACAUCGCUGCGACAGUAUUGGCGUUUCUGCUGAACAUCAGAUAUGUGCAGAGUUCGUAUCAUCGCCAAUGCAACGUAUGUGAUUCUGUUUGCAACCUUUGCCAAAGAGAUAAGUAUGGAGGACUUGGGUGGUACAGAUUUGAUGCUGGAGUAACAUGCGCGACCAUUGACUAUCAGUUGAGAAUGAAUAACCAUCGAAGCAGAAGUUAUAUUCAUUGGAUUAACCCAAGCCAAAUACCUGGUCAUGAAUUUCAAAUAUACUGUGACACACAAAAUGAUGGGGGAUGGAAUCUCAUCUAUUCAAGUCGUGACGAUUCCACUGGUCGUAACAACAUGCAGAGAGGAAACAGAUCAACUGCAAACAUUCUUACUCCAAAAUCAGGAGAUGCAAACAAGCGUCUGGCUUAUGACGUAUUUAAAGCCAUAGAAGCAAGCAAUGGGGGAUACCAGGAAGUUAGGUUGACUGCAUUCCCUGACUAUGCAAAACCGUUUUAUUACAAUUUAAUCGACAUGUACUUCAACAAAAAUCCAACAUCAGGACUUAAUUUCAGCGAAUUCAUACAUAGAGGAAUGGAUGGUGGUGCUGCCGGACAUGAUUGCUCGACUUCUUUCUACGGCAAAGAAACUACCAGCGGCAAACCAAUUGCUCUUACAUGGAAGGACAAUGCAUUCGUUGCUGGAGCGGUGUCUUCGGGUUGUGCUUAUCAUAAGGAAGUCUGGAAUGAGAUAAGCACAUAUGGUGGACACGCACUUGCUCCAGAAGACUGGGAUCUUGCUGAACCACACUACCGUCAGACCCCCUCUGCUGGCAGUUGUGGAAAUCGCGGUUUCUUUCAUAUCUACAUCCGCUAAUCAAAAAGACUUGCAAGUGUUGGACAUGCUGCGGUAUGCAAUCUACGUUACUAUUGGUUAGUAGUUCGUUUUGACGUUUGCAUGCACUGUGCUGCUGCUGUUUGUUGUAGAACAUUUCAUGUAUAUCUUGCUCACAUCAUGCUAGUGUCUAUACUAGUUACUGUUGCGUCGAGUAAUUUUUAGAGGUUUGCGUAAUACUAAAUACGCUGAUACUGAAAAGGUGUGAGAGUAUUAUACAAUCACGUAAUUAUAUUACUUUU